AUGUGGUGUUGGUUGGUAAGUCAUGGGUCGUUGUUACUCCAACAAGCAGAGGAGGCAAAGCCGUGGGUAGAAAGCGCUAAAAAGCUUGACAACGCGCUACAGAAGAUUAAGUCGAAAAUCGAACAAAGACUCAAAAAAAUAGAGAAACGACCGACUUUCGUAAAUGCAUUGUCCUACUUGAAAGACCCAGGAAGGAUCAGUGGCCUAAAGAAAGAUUUUGACAAAACUUUGGUAUCGUUUCAGGUCAGGACGAACUUGAUAACUGGCGCCAAGUUAGCGGCCAUAGAACGUCGCCUACAUGAUGACAGAAUUCUCGAUAGUCUCCGAGAUCCUUCUAUUGUCCGCGAAAAUCCAACCCAAGCAUGCCUGGAAGGCACUAGGGUUGAUCUGAUUGAGCAUAUCAUGACGUGGUGUCGCAACACUGGGGAUAGCGAGAACCAGCUAAUGCUGUUGACUGCUGUGGCCGGUGCUGGCAAGACUUCGAUUGUACUCACGAUAGCAGAACGAUGUGCCAGUGAAGGGGACGUUACCCUGUUACUGCGCUUCUUCUUUAAAGCGGGCGAACGGUCAUGGCCUGAUUUUCUAUUCAGCAGCAUAGCUCGAGCUUUGGCAGACCAUGACCCUGUUUACCGCACUUUCAUUACCUCUGCUCUGCGAAACGACCCAACAGCCUCGUUCGCGAUGCAAUUCGAGAAAUUGGUUGCUCCGCCUCUGCUCCAUAAACCUCCGCCUUCCGACCGACCUGUGAUCAUCAUCAUCGAUGCUUUGGAUGAAUGUGACAAGGAAGUGUUUGAGUCUCUUGCUGAAAUUCUUGGGGACGAGGUGCCCAGACUACCAUCUUCCAUCAAAUACUUCAUCACAUCGAGACAAUUUGACCUCGACUGUGCUAAAUUCAUAUGCUUCCAGCUGCAAAAGCUAAAGAAGUUACAUCGGGAUUUACGGCGUCAUCUUCAGGAUGAGGAUAAAAUGGUACAAAAGAUCUCGGAACGCGCAAAUGGCUUGUUUAUCUGGAUCAGCACCAUCUUUCGCUACAUGAAGACAGCCAACAAGGAUCCUGUGAGGGCACUGGAAAGUCUGCUGGAUGCUGGUGCCAAACGACCAGCGGUCCCUGCCGAGAAGAUGAUGGAUGACUUGUAUACAAGCAUUUUGAACCAGUGUGCUUGGGAGGAUGAAGAUUUUGCUCACGAUUACCCAGUCGUGAUGGGAGCCAUCUUCGUUGCUCAGGAGCCUCUGUCCAUCACAGCCUGGGACACAAUUUUGUCGCCUUUCCUCAAGUCUUCUGUUCGAUAUGUGUUAGCUGAACUUGCGCCUCUCCUCUCAGGAGUUGAGGAUAACUGCACUCCGGUUCGCAUCUUACACCAGUCUUUCCGCGAUUUUAUUGUCGAUCGGAUCAAUUCCUCAAUCAGCCCUCAUUGCAGUCCAGUAGGUGUGGAGACAGAGAAUGCCAGGGUUGCCCUGCGAUGUAUCGAGAUCCUGAACCAGGAUCUCUGCUCUGCACGGGGCUUAGGACUGAUUGAAAAUUUGUCCGAAACAGACGAAAUGCCGCGCAUUCCUCCAAAGGAGUUAUCUGAGCAGUUUCAUUAUGCAUGUCGCCAUGUUGUCUAUCACCUCAGUGGAGUCCAGGAACCGUCAGAGGGGUUUGCUAGGUCAGUUGAUUUCUACUUGGCUGAGUCACUCAACAGUCUAUAUAUCGCUUUGUCUAAUCUUGGACGGCACUCGGAGGCACUCCCAUUCAUUGAAGAAAGCGUCGAACUCUGCCACCAGUUAGUUGCCAUUCACCCAGGAUCAUACACACCGGAUUUGGCCAUGUCACUCAACAAUCUAUAUAACUCUCUUUCAGAUCUCGGACGGCACUCGGAGGCACUCCCAUUCAUCGAAGAAUGUGUCAAAAUCCGGUGCCAGCUAGUUGGCGUUAACCCAGGAGCAUACACCCCAAAAUUGGUCAAUUCAGUCGAGAAUCUCUUUCGAAUCUGA